CGUGGGCCGGACGGGGUCCGCUCCCCCCGCGUCCCUCGGUGCUGGCCGGAGCCCGGAGCCCCCCGGAGCCCCCCGGAGCCCCGAACAUCCCGUGGGCGUCCCGGGCCGCUUCCCCCCGCUCCGAUCGCCGGGAGCGCGGCCGGACCCGCGCACACCCAGCCCGGAGGUGGGAUUAGGCCGGGCUUUGGCUGAUCCCCUCCCAGCAGCCCGGCUUUAUAAAUCCCCCACGGCCGCCGGGCGCGGCACCCGAGGGUGCCCGGGGCGGCCGCGAUGGCGCAGCAGCGCCGUGUCCAGCUGUCCACGCAGCGCCCCGGCAGCACCGUGUGCGUGCUGGGCACCGAGCUGGCUCUGGACGUGUGCGGCUCGGCCCCGCGCGGCGCCGCUUCCUUCCAGGCGCAGGCCUCGCCCGGGGUGAAGCUCUGGGUGCUGCACGAGGCCCGGAGCGUGAAGCUGCCCUCGAGCGUCGGCCGCUGGCCCCUGGGCGCCCGGCCCGAGCUGCUGCUGGCCAUGGAGCAGCCCAGCAAGGACGUGGGCGACGAGAAGGUCAGGAUUUCCUAUUUCCGCGAGGACGGCGGGGUUCCCGCGGGACGGGCCGUGCUCUACCUCACCUGCGUGGAGGUGUCACUGGACGCUGAUGUCACCCGCAGCGGGGCCGUGAGCCGGACACUGCUGGACAAGGCCAGCUGGACGUGGGGCCCCGAGGGCCACGGGGCCGUGCUCCUCGUCAACUGCGACCGCGAUGACCCCGGCGCCGAGGGCCUGGACAACGAGGACAGCGCCGUGCGCUCCUACAACGACCUGCAGGACAUGGCGCAGCUGGUGCUGAGGACGCGCGGGCCCCGCGCCACCUUCGCCGGGCACCGCCUGCUGCUGCACCUGGACUUCGCCGACGCCGACAAGAUCAGGGUUUUCUACGGGGGCAACGGCACGGAGCUGGAGAUGUUCAAGCCCGUCCUGGGGGGUUCCAAGCUGAGCUACAGCGUGCGGCCGAGCCGGCACCACCACGAGAGCGUCUUCUACGUGGAGGGCCUGGCCUUCCCCGACGUGGGGUUCUCGGGCCUCGUGUCCCUGCAUGUCACCCUGCUCGAGAGCCCUGAAAAGGGCCUCCUGGAGUCGCCGAUCUUCACGGACUCGGUGGUGUUCCGUGUGGCUCCCUGGAUCAUGACGCCCAACACGGCGGCGCCGCUCGAGGUCUUUGUCUGCAGCGUGGCCAAGAACGAGGAGUUUGUGGCGGCCGUGGGCGCGUUGGCCGAGCGGGCGGGGUGCCCGCUGACCGUGUGCCCGGCGCCGCAGAACCGCCAGGACCGGUGGAUCCAGGAUGAGAUGGAGUUCGGCUACAUCCAAGCCCCCCACAAGACCCUCCCCGUGGUCUUCGACUCGCCCCGGGACCUUGGCCUGAAGGAUUUUCCCGUCAGGAGCAUCCUGGGCCCCGAUUUUGGCUACGUGGCCCGGCCGGCUCCAGAGGGCGUUUCCAGCCUGGAUUCCUUCGGGAAUUUGGAGGUGAGCCCGCCCGUGACGGUGCGGGGCAAGGAGUACCCCUUGGGGCGCAUCCUGAUCGGCAGCAGCUUCCCCAGGGUGGGCGGCCGCAGGAUGGCCAAGGCCGUGCGGGAUUUCCUGGUGGCCCAGAAGGUGCAGGCGCCCGUGGAGCUCUUCUCGGACUGGCUCAGCGUCGGGCACGUGGACGAGUUCCUGAGCUUCGUCCCUGCGCCCGACCGGAAGGGAUUCCGGCUGCUCCUGGCCAGCCCCAGCGCCUGCUACCAGCUCCUGAAGGAGAAGCAGGAGGAGGGGUUCGGCGAGGCCGCGAUGUUCCAGGGGCUGGACAGGGUGCCCAAGCCAACCAUAAACGAGAUCCUGGCUAACGAGGAGCUCCGCAAGUUCAAUGACUACGCCCAGAGCUGCAUCAGCUGGAACCGGGACAUCCUGAAGCGCUCGCUGGGCCUGGCCGAGCCGGACAUCCUGGACAUCCCGCAGCUCUUCCGGAGCAACGCCACCUCGGAGGCCGAGGCUUUCUUCCCGGACAUGGUGAACAUGCUGGUGCUGGGCCGGCACCUGGGCAUUCCCAAGCCCUUCGGGCCCGUGGUGGGCGGGCGCUGCUGCCUGGAGCAGCGCGUGCGGGAGCUGCUGGAGCCGCUGGGCCUCUCCUGCACCUUCAUCGACGACUUCUUCUCCUACCACCUCCUGCUGGGCGAGGUGCACUGCGGCACCAACGUGCGCCGCAAGCCCUUCGCCUUCAAGUGGUGGCACGUGGUGCCCUGAGGUGGCCCCAGCCCCUCCGCGUCCCCUCCCGCCCCAGUCCCUGCCCUGUCCCUGCCAAGUGCCUUCGGGGCUGGAAAUAAAUCCGGGCUGCGGCCGCGGGGGCUCUCCCGGCACUGGGAGAA